CCCUGUCUCGUGACAGUCCGCGAAACCGGAAGAGGAAGUUUAACGGAGUUCGCCACUUCCGGCUGGUCAUGUGAGGGAGCCAAGUCUGUGGGCUCUCCGGGGAGGACAUGGGCUGCUGCUACAGCGGCGAGACCGACACCGGCAAAGGGGAGCAGGGUGAAAGGGAACAUCUGCUGCCCUCCAAUCAGACGAUUCCUAACAGGACGCCCAAUGGAUCCGAACCCAACUCCAUCAACAACCCGGCGGCCCGGACGGACGAGCAGGCGCUGCUCUCGCGGAUCCUGGCCAGGACGGCUCAGAACAUCAUCGACGUAUCGGCUGUCGAGUCCCAGGGGAUGGAGCAGCAUGAAUGUAUGGACAGAGCCAGGCAGUACAGCACACGACUAGCGAAGCUCAGUAGUAACCUAACGCACUGGAAGAAGGUGCCCCCCCUGCCCUCGCUCACCGCCCAGCCACACCAAAUACUCGCCAGCGACCCCGUUCCUUAUGCAGAUAUCCAGCAGGUUUCAAAGAUAGCAGCUUACGCCUUCAGUGCACUUUCACAGAUCCGUGUGGAUGCCAAGGAGGAUCUUGUUGUACAGUUUGGGAUUCCCUAAUUCCCGCACACCCCAUACUUACUCGGCAUCCCCCCCCCACUCCCUGUACUCAACGCACAGGCUCCCCCAAUCCCUCCCCCUCACCUCCAUUUCUUCUCCACUCAGAACACAAGGCCCCCCCCCGGUCCCCGCUUUUCCCCCCCGGGACUUCAGACACCAGUCUGCCCAGCACUCGGUAUGCGGGGGAUCCGGAACACAGCGUGACAUUUAUAGCCAAUUCAUAGAAAAUGCAAACAUUGAGGCCCCGCCCACACCGGAGCGAUUCCAAAUCGCGGGAUGACGCUUGUGCGACGUCUUUACUGCUUUUAACAGCGCCCCAAUCGAGUUGCGAUUUGUUCAAUAAAUCGCACUGCAGUCGCAGCGAAACGAGCGUCAAGUGUCACGCGUUGCCAGUUGCACACCAUCGCGGCGUGAUUGGGGCGUCAUUUAAAAAGUAAUGGCACCGCACAAGCGUCCCGUCGUUUGGAAUCGCUCCGGUGUGAACGGAGUCUAAAGCCCAACGUCGCAGCGAUCGGCUAAAUACAUUUCAGGUGCAUCCAAACAAGUUGUUCAAUAUCAGUUCUCUUUUUUAAAUCGACUUGGUGUAAACAGUGUCCUCUCUGCAGAGGUCCUGCUUACCCCAUCAGAAUUAGAGCUCACAGGGGACAGGCUUCUCUGCUGUGGCUGCUUUCCGCACAGAUCAAGAUUCUCCUCUGCAGCAUGCUGGCAGGGGACAGGCUUCUCUGCUGUGGCUGCUUUUCGCACAGAUCAAGAUUCUCCUCUGCAGCGUGCUGGCAGGGGACAGGCUUCUCUGCUGUGGCUGCUUUCCGCACGGAUCAAGAUUCUCCUCUGCAGCAUGCUGGCAGGGGACAGGCUUCUCUGCUGUGGCUGCUUUCCGCACAGAACAAGAUUCUCCUCUGCAGCAUGCUGGCAGGGGACAGGCUUCUCUGCUGUGGCUGCUUUCCGCACAGAUCAAGAUUCUCCUCUGCAGCAUGCUGGCAGAGGACAGGCUUCUCUGCUUUCCACACAGAUCAAGAUUCUCCUCUGCAGCUUGCUGGCAGGGGACAGGCUUCUCUGCUGUGGCUGCUUUCCACACACAGAUCAAGAUUCUCCUCUGCAGCGUGCUGGCAGGGGACAGGCUUCUCUGCUGUGGCUGCUUUCAGCACAGAUCAAGAUUCUCCUCUGCAGCGUGCUGGCAGGGGACAGGCUUCUCUGCUGUGGCUGCUUUCUUAAAGCAGUCUGCACACCUCCUUGUUUUGAUGCACUCGGCUUGCUUUUUAGCUGAUUCUUCAAUCGGUCUUCACCACAACCGGCUGUAUACUUUAGUCUCCAGACAUGAUGCAGAUCUGUCCAUUGAAGGCGAAAGCCGCCAUCUCCCAGCUCUCCUAGAGCCCCUCAGUCCCCCCCCCCCCCUGGGAUGGAGCGACAGCAAGAGGCAGAAGGGGAGGGGGAUCGUUGCACCCUUCUUGAUGACUUUAUGGCGAAACCGAUGGGUGGAAUACCGAUCGGUCAGAACCAGGAACGGCGUCCCUUCAUCAAGGCGAAUGCCUUUCACUUCAAGUCCGCAGAGCCGCGCCAUUUACAGAGUUCUGCUACAUCUUCUUUUCCAUGUUGGGGAACUUUUCUGCCAAGUUUAUAGAAGAGAGCGGAUGAAAUAUUUUUCUUCUUUUUCCUUUUUUUUAUAAAUCUCAGAAUUUAUUGUGUGGCAUUCGUGGAUUAUGAAGAUUGGAUGUUUGAUUUGGACACCCCUCCCCCGUUCUGUUUUUACUUUUUUUUCUUUUUUGUUCCUGGCACUAGAGAUUAAAUUUAUUCCUCAAAGAUU